GAGAACUGUUGCUCUUGUUGGGGGUCUCCUUUACGCUGCUCUCGAUUGCAAAAAAAAGUCUGAACUUUGUCUGAAAUCGGAGACUAGACCAUGUCCUCCCCCAGAGCCCACAGCAGCCCGAUGUCUCCACUGGCCUAUCUGACAGGCAAUUCAAAUAAGGAGGUGUCUCUGCUCUUGUCCACGGCUGAGGCUCUCCUAGCGCGAAGUAUAUAUACUGGCCCGCCCCCGACUCUGAUUUUUUCCUCCCUGUUCCUCCCCCUACCAAGUCCACAUGUCAGAUCAGAAUCCAUUCCCAGACUCCAGCAACAACGGCGGUACGGCGACGGCGACGGCGACGGCAUUCUUCACCCCCACCACCCUAGCCCCGCUGUCCGUCGGCAGCUGGAUCAACAUCUUUCUCUUCACCCUCGAGCUGGUCCAAGUCUCUGCCUACUUCCGGAGCGCUGCCCGGCGCACCGACAGCGUGUUCAUCGGCCUCGGGAUCGUCGUGAACCUCAUCGCCGACAUAUUCGGGACCCUCGCGUGCUGUGCCAUCACCUACCUCUACACGUCGACGCAUUGGGGCGAGGUGCAGUCGAUCCGGAAGCAGUACUGGCCGUUUAUUCCGCUGGUGCUCAGCAUCGGAGUCGUCACAGCCGUCUCGCAGUCGUUCAUGAUCGUGCGUCAGUGGCAAAUGACCAAGGGCAUCGCGUCUUUCCUUCCCCUACUCCUCGUCCUACUCCUCACUCUGAUCGGAAUCUUUGGCUAUGGUUUUUCGAUGAUACACAAUCUCGACAACGGUGAUCUUCUGCAGCGCGUUUUUGCCUACAUGGCUCUCAUCGCGUUGUCCAUCGGCACCGCCCUCGUCGCGCCUCUGUCCUUCUCGCCGCUGAAACAGAGAAAUAAAGCUUUCAAAAUCUUCUCGAUGUUGAUUGAAACUGGACUCUUUGCCGCUGCCGUGACCAUCACCGGCACAGUCAUGGCCUUGGACAAGGACGUUCGGGAAACCAUGGUUUGGGUUGGCUUCGCUUUUGUGCUCGCUCGAAUCUACUCAUGCACCAUGCUAUACUGUCUCCGCAACCGCACCGAAUCCUCCAUCGUCUGGACCGGGAACACAUUCGAGACCGCGCACUCCGGUGCCCUCAUUGCCCCGCCGAACGAGCCCUUGACCGCCUCCUUGUCCUUCGAGCACCAGAAGAAAGCGGAGAAGAUGGUCAUGGAGGACGCGGACGCGUUCCAGCUGACCCGGCGCCAGAUCAAGCUGCACACGGGCGACUCGGACUCAGGAUCCUCCAAUCUCAGCCGCGACCUCAACGACGAGAUCCUCGAGAUGGAGUACGAGUCGACUCUCGGCCGGGACCUCGAGUCGCGGCAGUCGUUCCGGACCGCGCGGGAGCUGCAGACGCCGAGCGUGAGGUUUGUCGGCGGCGACGGGGACGAGAACGAAGAGGACGAGGACGAGGACAACGAAGAAGAGGCUCGCUAUCAUCAGCAGCAACCAGGUCGCAAUAUCACUGGGUACUGGGAUGUAGAGAACGGAGCUGGAUACCCGCAGGAGCGCGAUGAAGACGAGUACGACGGAAUGCAUCACCGAGACCUGGGGCGUCUCGAAGAGCAGGAUGAUGGUAACGAGUCCGACACCAGCACUCCUUCCGAGUACCCGUCGAGCAAUGUGGGAGAGGGUCCUCAGGCUGUGUAGUUCACUCUCGUCUUUCUUUAGUCGUCUGGACAAAUGCAUCGCAGAGGUCAGCUAAACAGGACGGGGCAUCGAGCGUCAUAUUUGGGGUCAAAAAUCAUGAGAAACGCG